AUGGAGUCAUCAGAACCAGGGAUAUUUCGUUCAUGGUCUACUCCCCAUAUUGGUUCCGUUCCUUUAGUAUCACCGACUAUGCUAUCUAAUAUAUCAUAUUACGUUGGAUUAUUUGAGUUUGCUCAAGGUUCUUCACCAAGAAUUGUUUGGGAUAACGAUGCCAAGUUGAUACAGAAUAGAGAUUUAUUCUUAUUAUAUAUUGUUAAUACACCAACAGACUUUCCAAGUGAAACUUACAUUCCGAAACCUACAAUAAUAAAAUCUGUUUACAAUGAUUUAUUCUAUAUAGCAAUUUACAUGCAAAUAAAUGAUGUAGAGGCAAGAGGUUUUACACGACCAUUUGUUUUAGUAGUUGCACAUCCAAUUAAAAAGCUUAUUACACACCUUUAUGAAACAAAAAUGGAAACUCUUGAAAAUUAUGCGGAUAAAUUACAGAAAUCAGCUGCAGAGACAUUUCCUCAUGAUAUUCAGAAAUAUACUGUUUCAAUUCGAAAUACAAUCGAAAAACAUCCAGAAAGUAAAGAACUUUUGCAAUCAAAGGUUAACGAACUUGAAUCAAUGAUGAAACUGAUGAAAAUUACACCAGAAAAAGAUAUAGAACCAUAUGACGCAGAUCCAGAAUAUUUCUUACACAUCAAAAACGACCUUAGACCAAUCAAAAAGCUUACGCAUUUCAAUGAGAUCAAAUCAGACUUACUGAAAUUCAUAUCAAAUCUACCAAAUGACGUAAUUCAGAGCAGAUCAUUAACACAAUUACGAAAAGAGACUUAUACAAUGAUCGAAUCAGUUUAUCUCAGGGAUAGUCCAACAUUAAUUAACAUAUUUAAGAACAAAACAAUCAUGGAUUGCUUGUUUACGUUAUAUUCAGGUCAUACUCUCUUUAUUUUAGCGAAUGACACUAAUGAAGCACAGGCCAUUGCAUCCAGAAUAGCUGUUUUGACCCCAUUUGGCCAACCAUUUCCUGUUGUUGGCUCAACAGAAAGAUCAGAUAUCGCGCAAAUUGUAAUUUGCAUGUCUUUCGAUCCAGAAAAAUACCAGAACUACUCAUUAAUGGACCUGGAUAACCAAGCAGAAUUUACAGGCAUAAAAUGUCCUCAAGACUCAAUUCUAAUGAAGGAAUUACCAAAAAACACCGAUCAUUCUUCAACUUCCCUCGUGUCACUUUUUUCAAUUGAAUUGAAAAAGAUCGGAAUGCGCUUUUUAUGCAAGAUGAUGGAGCUUUCUAGGAGAGCAUCCCAACCUGAAGAAAGAGUCGCCCAACAAAUGCGAAGCAUCGGAUUUUCAUCCGCUGAUGAACCAAUUCUGAAGAACUGGACAGCUAUUGCCCAGCAAAUCAUAUCUUCUAUACCAUAA